AUGAGCUUCUGGUUCCGUACCCGUUGGGUCAAAACUCUCAGCCGGCCAGUCCAUCGCAACACUGUAAACCUUCUUCAUGCUCAGGUAAAACCGCCCCCGAUGGUCGUUAGGCUUCCUCUCCGAAUGCUUCGCUUCCUUCCAAAGGCGGUCAGCACCUGGGCCCGCAAACAUUUCCCCGAGUGGUUUCUUCCAUCCACCCUGAUCGUAAAAUGCCGGAAGCCAAAUGACCCGGAGCGCAUCAAGUGCCUACUACCUGAUGGCGAACCCCCUUACCUGAGUCACUUCGAUUCUGAGAUCAUGGCCUACGAGCGGCUCAAGGAUCUCCAAGGUGUCACCAUCCCGAAAUUCUUAGGACGGACCAAGUGCAACGGCCGGCAUGCCAUGCUGAUCCAGGAUGUUCCCGGCGCGUACCUCUCGGAUCCCAAGGGCGCAACACUGACUUAUGACGAGGUGAGAGACCUGAUGGAGAAGUGCUACUCUGAGCUGGCCGAGUUCUCGGCAGUUCAGACCGACCCCAGCACCCGGAACUUUGUCCUUCUGCCCGGUCGACAGCGCCUCAUGACGGUGGACCUGGAGUCCAUGAUCAUAGGCUACCCUGACCAGUUGCUCCUUGAUUUCGACACCGUCUGCUCCCUGGGUGCAGUGACACGCCGAUACUUGGGCCUGCAGAAACACUUCAGAAAGGAAGGCUUUCUUGAGGCCGCUUUCCCUUGA